ACUGAUGUCGGUGGAGGAAGAAGAAUUGGAGAUGGCGCUGUUGAAGAAAAGCAGGGAGAAUAUGGUAGUGGUGGAGGAAGAUGGAGGGGAGUUCAACGUUCCCCUGGGGGAAGAUAUAGAGGAGAUACAAGCGGCCGUGGAGGAAGAGGGGGAAGUACUGGAGAUGGUGCUGUUGAAGAGAAGCAGGGUGGUGGUGGAAAAAGAUGGAGGAAAGAUCAAUAUACCACAGGGGAGAUGGUUAGAGGAGACACUGAAGUCGGUCGAGGAAGAAAAAAUGGAGAUGGCACUAUUGAUGAAAAGCAGGGAGAAUGUAAGAGAGGUGUAGGAAGAUGGAAGAGAGAUCAAACUACCACUGUAGGAAUGGAUAGUGAAGACAUUGACGUCGGUGGAGGAAGAAGAAGAGACAGAGAUGGCGCUGUUGGUGAAAAGCAGGGAGAAUGUAAGAGUGGUGGAGGAAGAUGGAAGAGAGAUCAACAUACCACUGUAGGAAUGGAUAGUGAAGACAUUGACGUCGGUGGAGGAAGAAGAAGAGACAGAGAUGGCGCUGUUGGUGAAAAGCAGGGAGAAUGUAAGAGUGGUGGAGGAAGAUGGAAGAGAGAUCAACAUACCACUGUAGGAAUGGAUAGUGAAGACACUGAUGUCGGUAAAGGAAGAAGAAGAGACAGAGAUGGCGCUGUUGGUGAAAAGCAGGGAGAAUGUAAGAGUGGUGGAGGAAGAUGGAAGGGGGAUCAACAUACCACUGUAGGAAUGGAUAGUGAAGACACUGAUGUCGGUGGAGGAAGAAGAAUUGGAGAUGGCGCUGUUGAUGAAAAGCAGGGAGAAUGUAAGAGUGGUGGAGGAAGAUGGAAGAGAGAUCAUCAAACCACUGUAGGAAAGGAUUGUGAAGACAUUGACGUCGGUGGAGGAAGAAGAAGAGACAGAGAUGGCGCUGUUGGUGAAAAGCAGUGAGAAUGUAAGAGUGGUGGAGGAAGAUGGAAGAGAGAUCAUCAAACCACUGUAGGAAAGGAUUGUGAAGACAUUGACGUCGGUGGAGGAAGAAGAAGAGACAGAGAUGGUGCUGUUGGAGGAAAGCAGGGAGAAUAUGAUAGGAGUGGAGGAAGGUGGAGGAGAGACCAAUAUACUGGGGCUGGGGAUAGAGGAAAGAUUGGCGCUGGUGGAAGAAGAGAAAGACGAGACGGAGAUGGCGCUGUUGGUGGAAAGCAGGGAGAAUAUGGUAGUGGUGGAGAAAGAUUGAGGAGAGAUCAACGUUCCCCUGGGGGGAGAUACAGAGGAGACACAGCCGGCGGUGAAGGAAGAGGAAGAAGAAUUGGAGACGGUGCUGUGGAAGGAAAGCAUGGAGAAUAUGGGGGUGGUGGAGGAAAAUGGAGGAGAGACCAAUAUACCACUGGAGGAAGAGAAGGACAAGGCACUGAAGUCGGUGGAGGACGACCAGACGGACAUGUCGCUGUUGACGGAAAACAGGAGUACGAUGAAAGUGGAAGUGAGCGAACAGGAGAGUAUAUUGGUAAAGAAAGAAUGACGAAAAGACAAGAUAUUAACAGCGGACGAAAACUGAGAGGAGAUGCCCGAGACAGACAAAGUAGCCAGAGAAGAGAUGGCGUCGUCAGAGGACAAAACUUCACGCUUGACAUCGAUGGAGAUAUCUCCAACGCGCAGUGUGGGAAUUCUAACAUCAUAGUGCAUGUCAAGAAUAUCACUGUCAUGCCAAGACGAGUUAAAACCAGAAGGACCAAGCCUCGGUCAAGGUCAAGGAAGGCAGUCAGACAACGUACACGGAAAUAUGGUGUGGGGACCAAGAUCACACGUCCAACCAAAUCUGUGAGGUCACAGUUCAAAGACAUUGAUAUCAAAGAAUACCUCAAGAUUGGGCUUUCAAUCGAGGUUAUGAUAAUCAUGAUCGUGAACAUGUUGAUGAAGGAUUAAAUUAAUCCUAGAAAUUGUUACUUAUGAUAACGUGCGCAGGUGGGUUUAUAAUAUUUCAAGAGCGUAUUUUAUGCCUCGAAUGUGUGAAGAGUUGUUUUAUUGAAAUAUGAUAUGACACAUGAUUUUGCAAGUAAUAUUUUAAACAUAGAAUCCAGAGUGAAUUCAGUACUUCAGGAAAACAUAUUAAGGAGAUGCAUGUUCUACCGAGAGAUAUCUUAUUUGUAAACCACAUUUACGAGUUCAACAUUUCGCUUGGACAUCUUCAAGCAAAAUGUUAAACUUGCAAAUAUAGUUUAAAAAUAAGGUACAUCUCUCAGUUGAACAUGCAUCUCGUUAAUAUCUCUUUCUGAAGAGUGGAAUUCACUCUAGAUUUUAUGUUUAAAUUUUUUUUUUAAAUCAUAGUAUCCUGCACAUAUUUCAACAAAACCUGUUCACGCAUUCCAGGCAUCAAAUCUGCGCACGU